CGGUCGACGGCCUCGCUCGCGAAGCUGCCGACCGGACGCGAUCGCACCGCGCCGCCGCCCGCCGCCCGCACGGCACGGCGCGCUCCCAACCCUUGUGCCAGCCAGCGUCACUCCCCUUCGGCGCCGCGCACGCGCCAUGCUACGACGCCCCUCCUCCCCGUGCCUCCUUUCUUACCCCUGCCAACACACCCCCUCGGCGGGUCGGGCCAUUUCACCGCUCGCGAGCGGCAGCAGGCUGCAGGACUCCACUGGUCGCCUCGAGCGCCCGAGGGCAGCGUGCCCGGGCCCCUGAUUUAACUGGAGCAGCGGCUUCACCUUGGCUGUGGGCCGCAGGUCGCGGCCGCCUCAGCUGCAGCGCUUUGGAGGUUUCCUUCUGUGGUGGGAGAUGCUCAUUUUGUCUAAUUGGGCCGAAAUGGACAAAUUCAGAUAAGUUUUGAGUCUGGAAGCCUAUAUACAGUACAAGAACUCUGCAAUGGAGGGGUCCGAAUCUAGCAGGAGUUGCAAGAGAGAUGUCGAGGACAGCAUUGAUGCCAUGGACAGUUGGAAGGAAGACGAUGAGCGAGAGGAUGCUGACGGCAGAAAGAGCCAGUCAAGCAAGGUGAGAAAGCAUGGCUGUGCAGAUAGAGUUGAGGAUCCAGAUGAUGCUAGGCGGGGAUCUUCUACCAAUAGGUACGAGCCUAGAAGGAAGUCUGUUUCAGGCUCAGGACAGGCCUACAGCGACGACGAGGAAGACUACAAUGUAAGAAAGAAUUCACGGGUGUCCAAGGUUCCAAGGCGAAGCCCUGAAGAGAAAAGUGAGAUAUCAUCUGAUGUCUACAAGGAUAGAGGUGGGGACAGCAGUAGGAGAAGAAGAGAAGAUAAGAAUGAUUCGGACUCAUCAAGAAGAUCUGGCUCCAGAACCUCUAGCCACGAUGUUUCUCAUAGUGAAGGUGGAAGCAAGGCUGAGGGUCCAUACAAUCAUGGGAGACACGAGGAGAAGGAUGUACGGCACUCAGAGGGAAUAGAUGGGAGUAGGGAGAAGCAAUGGCACCGAGACCUAGAGGAGAAACAUUAUAAGAGGGGACUGGAUGACGCUUGCACCAGUGAAAGAGCUGAUGAAGCAAGUUCUGAUCAAGCUAGUGGUAGGCCAUCUUCUGGUCAGAAUAAUCACAAAAGUGCACGAGAGGCUCAAGACUACAGGGAUGGAUCCGGUGAAAGAGAUGAUAAACAUAGGACUGCCAAACGGGAAGAGAAAGAUGAGAAGCUAAGGCACCAAGCUGAGUAUACAUAUGGAAGUAACGACAAUUUAGGAACGAAAGGUAAGUUGCCAUAUUUGGAUGAUGGUGGAAAUGCCAGGGAACAAAGUAUGAACGUGAAAGAGAAACCUAGAGAUGAUUAUAUAUCACACAGAGGGAUGGAGCGCAACAAAGAAUCUGAAGAAUCUAGAGAGUACAUGAGAAAUCAUCAAAGGGAAGAUUCUAAAGGCACAAAUGACUAUGGCACUACUACAGAAUGGAGUCAUGGGCCUGAAAGGUUAGAUGGUGGAAGUUUCCAGGGCCGGUCUGCAUACAGGAAAGAUUCUAGGGGCAGAUAUGAGAGCAGCAAAGGCCUCUCUUCAUAUGGAAAUCGAUAUGAUAAUUCUGAUUCUAUAGAAAUAAGGCCUAACAGGAAUCUUGAUUUUGGAAGGGAGGGCUCUGUUUCUGGGAGAAGAACAAGCAUGGCUGCACAUGAGGAUUUAACAGCUGGAACAAAUGAUCCUGCUGAAGAGGACAAAAGGAAUUAUAGAAGUGAAGAAGAUUCGAAAGAGAGAUACUAUGAUGAUGCUCAAAAUAGGAAUCAGAAUACUGGCAAAGGUUCUGUUGAUUCCCCAACUGCGAGAGCAGGAUUGAAGGGGCCAAUGACGUCCGAUACACCAGUAGCUGGGCAAAGUGGUAGCAGCAGUUUGGCUUCUCCAAUUGAUCAGCAAGGAUCAAAAGGCAGUAAACUUUAUAGAGGUGUAAGAGGGAGGCCAAAUGGAAGGGACCCUCAGAGAAUGGGAGGGCCGGUGCCCAUGAUGCCACCUCCGCCAUUUGGACCUCUUGGUCUGCCACCAGGCCCAAUGCAACCAAUGGGCCCAAACAUGUCCCAUUCUCCAAGCCCUCUUGGACCUGGUAUUUUCAUGCCGCCUUUUCCAGGGCCUCUUGUUUGGGCUGGAGCAAGGGGUAUGGAUGUGAAUAUGCUUGCUGUUCCACCCAAUCUUCUCAUGCCUCCUCUAGCAGCUGGACCUGGGUUCUCUCCUAGUGUGGGAGCUGGCCCAAACCAUAAUAUUCAAUUAGAUCAAACAAACACGGGAAGGGGAGGUCCAACAGAUGCUCCAGUACCAGGUUUCAACCCAGUGGCUACACCAAGUCAUGAAAUGCUGCAUGAUAAACCUCCUGGAGGCUGGACACCACAGAGGAAUAGCGGACCUGCUCGAAAAGCUCCUUCAAGGGGUGAACAGAAUGAUUAUUCACAGAACUUUGUUGACACUGGCUUGCGACCUCAGAAUUUCAUUAGGGAACUAGAGCUUACAAGUGUAGUGGAGGAUUAUCCUAAGCUAAGAGAACUCAUACAGAGGAAAGAUGAAAUAGUUUCUAACUCAGCUUCGGCACCAAUGUACUACAAGUGUGACCUCAAGGAGCAUGUGCUUUCCCCAGAUUUUUUGGGCACAAAGUUUGAUGUUAUCCUUGUGGAUCCUCCGUGGGAGGAAUAUGUUCAUCGUGCUCCAGGUAUCACAGAUCACAUUGAGUAUUGGACUGCUGAGGAGAUUAUGAAUUUGAAAAUCGAGGCCAUAGCUGAUACGCCUUCAUUUAUCUUCCUUUGGGUUGGUGAUGGUGUUGGUCUUGAACAGGGCAGACAAUGUUUGAAGAAGUGGGGAUUCCGUAGGUGUGAGGAUGUAUGUUGGGUAAAAACCAACAAGAAAAAUGCAACACCAGGUCUGCGCCAUGAUUCUAAUACUCUGUUCCAGCGUUCAAAGGAGCAUUGCUUAAUGGGCAUAAAAGGAACUGUACGGCGCAGCACUGAUGGGCAUAUCAUCCAUGCAAACAUUGACACCGACAUAAUAAUAGCUGAGGAACCUAGUGAUGGUUCAACGAAAAAGCCUGAAGACAUGUAUAGGAUCAUUGAGCAUUUUGCUCUUGGAAGGAGGCGUCUUGAGCUCUUUGGCGAGGACCAUAACAUUCGUCCGGGUUGGCUUACCCUUGGUAAAGGUUUGUCUACAUCAAACUUUAAUAAAGAGGCAUACAUCAAGAACUUUGCGGACAGAGAUGGAAAAGUAUGGCAGGGAGGUGGUGGUCGUAACCCCCCUCCUGAUGCUCCUCAUCUUGUGGUGACAACUCCAGAAAUCGAGAGCCUGCGUCCCAAGUCCCCACAGAAGAAUCAGCAGUCGGUACCCACGAUAGGAUCUAGCAGUUCCACAAACAGGCGACCUGGCGCAAACACGUCACAGAACGUGGUGACUGUCGUCGGUUCUGAAACCAUGAUGCCGGCACCGUGGGCUUCCACUCCAAUGGCAGGUUUCGGAAUGCUGGAGGGAGGAGCUGGCCCUGACAGCAAUGAUGCUUUUGGUACUUAUGGCUUCAGUGCGCCUUUCGGAAGAUCAAGUGCAGAUCAUAUGGAUUUUAACACCCCAAGAUUGUUGUAACAUUAUUUGAGCUGGAUCGUUUCUAUCCAGAAAUUUUGUUUCAAGGAAACUAUUCAUUGCUUCCUACCAUCAGUAUUGAUAAAACUGUAUCCAUUCAAUUUGUCAACUUUUCAAUGUGUGGGCAGUGCACCAGCAGCACCAUAUCUCUAGGACUCUAGGUAUAGCGGUAGACAAUUCAUCAGAUACCUUGCAUUGCUGGUAAUGAGGAAAAGGUCACAGAUAUA